CAGAGUUCAUGUUACAUAGUGCAGUACAUUGAUCAGAGAGAAAUAGAGGGAGGAAAAUGGAGAGUUUAUCCAAAUUAUGGAAGAUGUUUUCUAACGAAGAAGAAUCCCGUCUUUAUACUCCGGAUGAAACAUCUACCAGAGGGAGGAAAAUGGAGAGUUUAUCUAAACUAUGGAAGAUGUCAUUCUCUAACGAGGAAGACACCCGUCUUAAUAAUCUAGAUGAAACAUUUACUAGUUUCGGUAGUACUCCAUUACACAUAGCAAUAUUGUCUGGUGACAUCAAAUUUGCAACCAAAAUCUUAUCUCAGAAACCUGAUCUUGCAUUGAAACAAGACUCAAAUGGAUUUACUCCACUUCACCUUGCUUCUGUGAGAACAAGUCUCCGGAUGGUGAAAUUGUUGAUACAGGCUGAACCUGGUGCUUGUAUAGUCCAAGAUGAAGAUGGAAGAACACCUCUACAUCUAGCAGCUAUGGAGAAUCGAGUAGAUAUUGUGAAACUACUAAUGGAAGAGGGACUACCCGAAGCAAUUCACAUAAGGAAUGAUAAUGAAACAAUACUACACUUAUGUGUCAAAAAUAACACCAAGUUGAAGACUCUUAAGCUAUUGAUAGGUUACUUGGUGCUUGCACAACCUCCAUACCCAAAUUCUGUAUCUAUCCACUCCACUGACAACGAUGGCAACACAAUCUUACACCUUGCUGUGGAAAUGGGAAACACGAAGAUUACAAAUUAUUUAUUGCUGAAUAAUAAUGUAAGAAUUAAUAUGAAUAUCGAGAACAAGAAGGGCCACAAAGCCUUAAAUAUGUUAUCGCAAGCAGAAAGGAAAGAUCUAAAAUUUGGAUUUUAUAGUUGUCAUAUACGCCACGACAAGCAUAAAAGUAAACCCUUUUCUGAAGAUGGUGAUCAUGAAGGGCUGAAAGACAGGAUCAAUGCAUUAAUGGUGGUGGCAACAUUGAUAGCUGGAAUCGCCUUUCAAGCUGCAAUGAACCCACCAGGCGGGGUUUGGCAAGAUGAUUCUAAAGUCAACUCUAGUACUGACCCUGUUAUUUUUGCUUAUUAUCUUGAUCAUAUGUUUGGCCCCUCUAUAUCUGGUGGUUUGGAUAGCUACAUAAAAUACAACUUGCGUUAUCCCGCGAGUGUUACUCCCGGUUAUUGGAAUUUUCGAAGCUAUAACAGUACAAUUGAAGGACAAAAACAGGGAAUCAAUCAUUUAAUUGAAAAGUUGGUGAAGAAUCUAAGAGAGACUUAUCUGAAUGAUUUUUAUUAUAGGCAAAUGACAUCAAAAGGUUUAAUCUUGGAAGAUUUCUUGUUUACUGAUGUUGUUUCAUUUUACAACCGCAAUGCUACGAAUAAUACUAACAGAGGUGGGUUUUUCCCUUAUUUAAUACGCUACGCUGGAACUCCUAUACUGGCUUAUACAUGGCCGAAUCACUAUGUGGUUUACAUGGUUACUAAUGGAGCUGCAUUUUUUGCGUCUCUGACUAUUAUAUUUCUGGCCAUGUGUGGGUUUAUGAUGGAAAGAUCUGUUACCCAGGUUCGAAUUCUUAUUGUGCUGAUGUGCAUAUCAAUCGGUUGCAUUGCAUCUAGUUAUUUGUCUAUAUUAGUAGCUAUGAUGCCAGGUUUUUAUGUUGGAAUAUCUAUUUUUGUUAUAUUCCAAGUAUUUCUUGGAGUCUGCUGCAUGUUGGGAGUUGGGUACUUCAUUUGGACUUUGACAUGGAAGAUAGUGAAGCUGCGAAAGAGAACCAGGCAUUACCACAUUGGAGUUGUUAAUUACCUUAAAGCGCUUUUCUUCAGUAUGGACGCCAAGGAUACAGGAAAACUGGUUUUAUUUAUUGUUGCCUACUCUGGUUUUCGUAUUAAUGGGUAUAUUUAUUAUGGUAGUUGGUCCCAUAUUAACCCGUUUUUGUAUUAAACCAGAUUCCCGAUUUUGGGUAAAAACCGACU